AUGCGGUUCCGUAUCCAGACUCUCGGCCUUGCGCUGUUGAUGUGCUCGACAGCGAUCGCGCAGGAAGAGAAGGAUCCUCAAGCAUGUAUUCCCCGCCCGACGACGACAACAACAUCCACGACACCAUCGUCGAGUCCGACGGCCCUGCCAAAGAACUUCGGCAUGCUCGUCUACCGCGCCUUCGAGAUGCUCGACGUCUUCGGGCCCCUCGACGUCCUCGGCAUGCUCGCGCGGCUGCACCCGAUGAAUUUGUAUUUGAUCGGAGAGACGAUGGAUCCGGUGACGGUCGAGCCGGUUGCUGCGGCGAUGAAUCCUAAGAAUUCGAGUUUCUUCCCCGUCAUCCUCCCAACACACACCUACGCCACGGCCCCGCGCGACAUCGAAGUGCUCCUGAUCCCGGGCGGCCUCUGGACGCGCUCCCCCCACCUGAACGCCACGAUAUCCUACGUCCGAACGACGUACCCGCGCCUCCGCUACCUGAUCAGCAUCUGCACGGGGGCCUCGGUGGCGGCGCGGGCGGGGGUGCUGGACGGGCGGCGGGCGACGACGAACAAGGCGAGCUGGGCGGCGACGGUGGCGCUCGGCGGUCCGGGGGUGGAGUGGGUGCCGCGGGCGCGGUGGGUCGCGGACGGGAAUGUGUGGACGUCGUCCGGGGUGAGCGCGGGCAUUGACGCGACGCUGGCGUGGGUUGCGGAGGUGUUUGGGGAGGCGGAGGCGGGGGAUAUUACGGACUUGAUGGAGUAUGAACGGCAUACGGAUUCGGAGUGGGAUCCGUACGCGGAGAGGUUUAAUGUUACGGGGGGUCAGGAAUGA